GGUUGAAUAGAUUACACCCAGAAGAUAGAGUUAAGUCAGUACUGUUGUGGCAGAUUCCUGUGCAAGGUGGGGAGGGCAGACUAUAUGAUCUCCAAAGUCCCUCCCAACCCUUACAGUCUAUGAUUCAGAUGAAAAAGGUUUCAUUGUGGUUUUGCUGUCGCAGAGACAAAUGCUCCUUUUGGAAUUGCAGAGGGAGUGCUCGUAUGAAUGAAGACAAAACUUGGACCGGUUUUCUUUCAUGAAUCUUUUUAGAAGGAGAUACUUUUGCAAAAGAAUCCCCGUCGACUGAAAAGCGUACAGAAAGGGCGCGUGUUCGUUCCGAUGUUCCCAACUAAAAAACAAAACAGUAUUUGCAGGCUGAGACAACGAUGCAUUAAAGAUUCUGUGCACAUCAAAAGCUGUUCAGCUUCCUCAAUUAUAAGAUGGGCUAUAAACUGUUUGGUUUGGCUUGGAGAAGACGUGACCUUUCUCUUUUCCUUCACCUGGAUCAAUGAAGCACAAGAAUGCCAUCUCGAUACAAUAGGGUAACUCCUUCUCUGCCUAUUGCAGGAAAUGUUGUCUAUUUUUUCUCCAAAUCUUUCUUUUCAGAAUGGAGGGAGAGAGCAAUGCUGGAAGGCUAACCGAGUAAAACGGGGUGGUUUUUAGGACCCUGUGAGCAGAUGGCUUGCUGAGAGUCCUAAAACAUCCCCAGCAUUUCUGAGAGCUUGUAGCUUAUUCAUUCAGAGCAGGAGCGAAGCCAUCCAGCAACUGGGAUCAACCAACGUCCUUUGCAAACAGGCAUUGCAGCAAUGUAAAAAAAAGCAAAAACCCAAACACACAGAAGACCAAAGUCAACAAAAACUUUUGAGGUUCUUCUCUCUCUCUUUUGCUCCUCAUUCCUUGCAGAUUCUUCUCCUCCGCAAGCUCGAGAUGAAACUUACAGAGAACUGCCAGAGCAACUUAGCAGAAGCGAGGAAUGGACAGCGUUGAGAUUGGCUUGCUGAGGGAAGAAGAGAAGGGGAGAGGCGAGUCAUCAGAACUCGACCGCUGGGCUGCUUCGCGGUGUUUUCCUUCUCCAACAAGCAUCCACCGAGGUCAAGCCUGUUGAUCUUGGCCUCGCCAUGACAGCUCACAGCUUCUGGGACCUCUGGGUAUUGGUGGGUUCUGCUGCGUUCCUGCUGGUCCGCGGACAGUAUCCACAAAGUGGCACUGCGGAUAACGGUCACUGGAGGCAGAUGAUCCAAUGGGAGAAUAAUGGAAGGGUGUACAGUCUCCUGAACUCGGGCUCGGAGUACGUCCCGGCCAGCCACGUAAGAGCCGAGAGCAGUGCCAGAGUGGUCUUGGCCGAUGCUGCCAUGAACCAAGGACGAAGGGGUCCAGGGAACACCCGGAGGCAGGCGCCAACCUUACCGGUCAGAUCAGGGUCGGAUACGGUCCGGGGACAGACGAGGCACCCCUUCGGUUUUGGACAGGUCCCAGACAACUGGAGAGAGGGAGCCACCGGAGACAGUAACUCCAACUCCCAACGUCCGUGGUCACCCACUCCUCGCCAGAGGCAGGUUGGGGCUGCUUCCUCCUCCUCUUCCUAUGCCGCGUUUGGACAGCUCUACCCGCAGGGCUCCUAUCCUCAGCCCCCUUUUGUCAAUCAGUACGAGACCUACGACCAGCAGGUGCCCCGGGUUUACGACGAGAGCUACAAUUACUACCGCACCACGGGGGUGGGAGGGGGCGCUGUGGCUGCAGCCGCCGCCAGUGCUGGAGUUGUGUACCCUUUUCAACCCAGGGUGAGAUACGAAGAGUAUGCAGAGGACCAGAAUCCCUACCGAGCUCAGCCCUACCCCCCUGUCCAGGAGAGACCUUACGUGCCUACUUCCCAACAGCUUCCAGCCUCUGAUGGCUUAGACAGACGGUAUUCCCACAGCCUCUAUCACGACACUGGAACUAGUUUGGACCAAAAUGUCCCAGAUCCCUAUGCAUCCACCCAGAACCAGGGCCAUGGGGUCCCUCUUGCAGACAACUUGCAUAUCCACUCUGGAUCGCCUGCAAACGCUGGUACCAGGUAUGGGAACGAGCAAUGGGCAAGGCAAUAUCCUCCCUUUGGGGAAGUUCCUGAAGAGCCCUACGUUCCCCCUCGCAACGUGGAACCUCAGCCACCCUUCCGGCCCUUAGACCCCCAUGGGGUCCCUCGGCCUGAACCCUACCUUCCUAUCCGGAAUUCUGAAACUCCCCAGUUGAUUCCAGACAACCAAGGAGUCAACCAAGCCCGAGUGAGCGUGGGCAGCAUCUACAGACCAAAUCAGAAUGGACGUGGUCUCCCUGACCUUAUACCUGAUCCAAACUAUGUCCAGGCUUCCACAUAUGUCCAGAGAGCUCACCUCUACUCCCUCCGUUGCGCAGCAGAAGAGAAGUGCCUUGCAAGCACCGCUUACACUCCAGAAGCGACAGAUUACGACGUCCGGGUGCUACUGCGUUUCCCGCAGCGAGUGAAGAACCAGGGGACGGCUGACUUCCUGCCCAACCGAGCUCGCCAUACUUGGGAAUGGCACAGUUGCCAUCAGCAUUAUCACAGUAUGGAUGAGUUCAGCCAUUAUGACUUGCUGGACGCUUCCACGGGUAAGAAGGUGGCCGAGGGUCACAAAGCUAGCUUCUGUCUAGAAGACACCACAUGUGACUUUGGGAACCUCAAGCGCUAUGCCUGUACAUCACACACCCAGGGCCUGAGUCCAGGCUGUUACGACACUUACAAUGCUGACAUAGAUUGCCAAUGGAUUGAUAUCACAGAUGUUCAGCCUGGGAAUUAUAUCCUAAAGGUUCAGGUGAAUCCCAAGUACAUCGUGAUGGAAUCGGACUUCACCAAUAACGUGGUGAGGUGCAACGUUCACUACACCGGGCGCUUCGUCGCCACCACAAACUGCAAAAUCUCCCAGUCUUGAUUCCAACCAGGAUGGUAACAGUUCCUCUGCCUGUCUUAAUUGCCCCUCAUCUUCUGCAAAAGCAUCUCUCCAGGUGUAGCCCGCUAAGAGGGACUGGCCUCAUCGCACCUGGGGUCUACACAGAAAUGGAAAUUGUUCCACAGCUUUGUUUUGAGACUAUGUUAAAUGAAACGUGUCACUUUAAUACUUUUAU